AAGGGACGAAACUUGAAAACAAAACCAACUGACUUUGGAGAAGCACAGCCCAGCAUUUACAACCACUUUUGACAGGAUAACUAAUAACGGUCAAGGGCGGCUGGAAGUGGCAAGUUUUGUCGAGGUGCCAGCCGACAUGCAGCACUAUGGAGUUAAUGGAUAUUCUCUUCACGCAAUGAACUCUCUGAGCGCCAUGUACAACCUUCACCAGCAGGCAGCGCAGCAGGCCCAGCAUGCGCCAGACUACCGGCCGUCUGUGCACGCGCUCACCCUCGCAGAGAGAUUGGCUGACAUCAUCCUUGAAGCUCGCUAUGGUUCCCAGCACCGCAAGCAGCGGCGGAGCCGCACAGCCUUCACUGCCCAGCAGCUAGAGGCGCUGGAGAAGACCUUCCAGAAGACCCAUUACCCUGACGUAGUGAUGCGGGAGAGACUGGCCAUGUGCACCAACCUCCCAGAGGCCCGCGUCCAGGUAUGGUUUAAGAACCGCCGCGCCAAGUUCCGCAAGAAGCAACGUAGCUUGCAGAAGGAGCAGCUGCAGAAGCAGAAGGAAGUGUCGGAGGGGCCGCAGGAGGAGGGCAAGGGCGAGCCGCCCGCCACCUCCGUCUCGGAGGCGCACACCCCUCCCCCCUCCUCCUCUUCGUCCUCGGAGGCCGAGCGGCCUCAGCACCUCCUCCCGGCGGAGCUGAGCGUGGAGGUGAACGUCACGUCGGCCGAGCAGUCGGGCAGCGAGUCCGCCGCCGAGGACAACACCGACAAGGAGGAGGAGCUGAAGCAGCUGGGGGAGGGGCCUAAGGGUGAUGUCAGCCUGCUGCCGGGCAACACUUCACCGCCCUGCAAGCGUCUCAGCCCCAAAUCUGACUCCCCGCUCAGUUCCCCGCCCCUCCCUUCCUCAAGCGGCGUCGGCAGCGGGAUGGCGCAGAGCAACUCGUACGCCUCCUCCCCGCUCAGCCUCUUCCGUCUGCAGGAGCAGUUCCGCCAGCACAUGGCCGCCACCAACAACCUGGUGCACUACUCCUCCUUCGACAUGAGCGCCCCCUCCUCCAUGCCCUACCUGGGCAUGAACGUCAACAUGGCGGCUCCACUGGGCUCUCUGCACUGCCAGCCCUACUACCAGUCUCUAUCCCAAGCCCAGCAGGUCUGGAGCAGCCCUCUCCUGCAGACCCCCCCCGGCAGUCUCCCCAGCCUCAACAGCAAGACCACCAGCAUAGAGAACCUGCGGCUCCGCGCCAAGCAGCACGCUGCCUCCCUGGGUCUGGACACUCUGCCCAACUGA